AUGCACAUGUGUAUCUGUGUAUGUGGGGACGUGUCUCAGGCUUCCUUGGUGAUCUGUGAGUGUCUCUCUUUUAGUGUGUACCCUUGUGUGUGUGUGUGUGUGUGUGUGUGUGUGUGUGUGUGUGUGUUUGGGUCCCCAGGCGUCUGCAUAUGUGGCCCACGGGUCCCCAGCCCCUGUGCGCUCUGUUGCAGGACAGCGACCGUGUGGAGGAGCCUGAGCCCCUUCUGGGGAGAGGAAUACACCAUCCACCUGCCCCUGGAUUUCCACCAUCUGGCCUUCUACGUGCUGGACGAGGACACGGUGGGGCAUGAUGACGUCAUCGGCAAGAUCUCGCUGAGCAGGGACGCGAUUGCGGCUGACCCCCGAGGAAUUGACAGCUGGAUCAACCUGAGCCGUGUGGACCCGGACGCAGAGGUGCAGGGUGAGGUCUGCUUGGAUGUGCAGAUGCUGGAGAACGCGCGGGGCCGUUGUCUUCGAUGUCACGUGCUUCAGGCCAGGGACCUGGCCCCCCGAGAUAUCACCGGCACCUCUGACCCGUUUGCACGUGUGUUCUGGGGCAGUCAGAGCUUGGAGACUUCAACCAUUAAGAAGACCCGCUUCCCACACUGGGAUGAGGUGCUGGAACUUCAGGAGAUGCCAGGUGCCCCGGCCCCGCUGCGGGUGGAGCUCUGGGACUGGGACAUGGUGGGCAAGAACGACUUCUUGGGCAUGGUGGAGUUUCCGCCACCGGUCCUGCAGCAGAACCCUCCCCGUGGCUGGUUCCGUCUCCUGCCUUUCCCCAGAGCCGAGGAGGAUUCUGGGGGGCAGCUGGGUGCCCUGCGGCUGAAGGUGCGCCUCAUCGAGGACCGCAUCCUGCCCUCCCACAACUACCGGCCGCUCACGGAGCUGCUCACGGAGGCUGUGCGGGGGCCGGCAGAGGAGGAUGCCGCUAGUCCCCUGGCCGUGCUGGAGGAGCUGACCUCAGGGGACUGCCGCCAGGACCUUGCCACCAACCUGGUGAAGCUCUUUCUUGGCCAGGGCCUGGCCGGGCCCUUUCUGGACUAUCUCACUCGGCGCGAGGUGACCCGGACCACCGACCCCAACACCCUCUUCCGCUCCAACUCCCUGGCAUCCAAGUCAAUGGAACAGUUUAUGAAGCUCGUGGGCAUGCCUUACCUGCACGAGGUCUUGAAGCCCGUGAUUAACCGCGUCUUUGAGGAGAAGAGAUACAUCGAGCUGGACCCUUGCAAGAUAGACCUGGGUCGCACCAGGGUGGUCACAGGGAAAGCCUCACAGAGACGGGGACAUUUCAGCAAAGACUGGCAGGAGGAUGCGAAGUACCUGGCCAUAAGUGGCUUUCUCUUCCUGCGAUUCUUCGCCCCUGCUAUCCUUACCCCGAAGCUGUUUGACCUCCGGGACCAGCACGCGGAUCCCCAGACCAGCCGCUCCCUGCUACUUCUUGCCAAGGCUGUGCAGAGCAUCGGAAACCUGGGCCAGCAGCUGGGCCAGGGCAAGGAAUUAUGGAUGGCCCCCCUGCACCCCUUCCUGCUGCAGAGCAUCUCACGUGUGAGAGACUUCCUGGACCAGCUGGUGGAUGUGGAUGGGGAGGAGGCUGGGGGCCCAGCCAGGGCCCUGGUGGCCCCCUCGGUGAUUGUUCGUGAAGGUUACCUGCUGAAGCGCGAGGAGCCCACCAGCCUGGCCCCACGCUUUGCCUUCAAGAAGCGUUACUUCUGGCUCAGCGGGGAGACUCUCUCCUACUCCAGGAGUCCUGAGUGGCAGAUGCGCUUCUCCAUCCCGGUGUCGCACAUCCGCGCCGUGGAGCGCGUGGACGAGGGCGCCUUUCAGCUGCCGCACGUGAUGCAGGUGAUGGCGCAGGACGGCGCCGGGGCACUGCGGACCACCUACCUCCAGUGCAAGAAUGUGAACGAGCUCAACCAGUGGCUGUCGGCCCUGCGCAAGGCCAGCGCCCCCAACCCGGACAAGCUGGCCGCCUGCCACCCGGGUGCCUUCCGCAGCUCGCGCUGGACCUGCUGCCUGCAGGCCGAGCGCUCAGCUGCCGGCUGCAGCCGCACGCACUCGGCCGUCACCCUGGGGGACUGGAGUGACCCGCUGGAUCCCGACGCUGAGAUCCAGAUGGUGUACCGGCAGCUGCUCCUGGGGCGGGACCAGCUCAGGAUGAAAUUCCAGGAGGAUUUCAACAUAGAUACAAGCCCGGAGGCGGAUACAAUGAGGGCCUCGGGGGCCAAGGAAGGGGCCUGUCCUGAAGCCCUGGCCCGGCAGAGAGAGGCAGCUGGCCGCCUUCUGGAGGUGCUGGCAGAUCUGGACAGAGCCCACGAGGAGCUCCAGCAGCGGGAGCAGCAGAAAGCGGCCCUGGGUCCCCUGGGGCACUGA